AUGCCUAGAACAUAUAAGAAGAAGAAGGCCGCUCCUUCUUACACUCUGGAAGAUCUUCAAGAAGCUGUGAGGAUGGUGAAGGAGAAGAAGAUGAGCCAGAGGGAGGCGGCAAAGAAGUAUGAAAUUCCGAAAUCUGUCAUACAGCUGAGGAUCAGUGGGAAAGUGAGCUUGGAUCAUCAAGGUGGUGGGCGACGAAGAACACUGACUGAUGAAGAAGAAAAUACAAUAGUAGACUGUCUUAUUGCAAGAGCAGAAUUUGGUUACCCAUGUGAUCGCAUGGAACUUAUGCAACUUGUAGGCGAAUACAUCAAGGCCAAUGACAUAAAAAACGUUUUUAAAGACAAUACACCAGGUGAAGACUGGUACCUUGGGUUCAUGAAACGACAUAGCCGACUAUCAUUAAAAAAAGCCGAACACCUUCAGGCUGUAAGAAAAAGUAACACUACCCCUGAUAUUGUCUAUGAUUUUUAUGAAAAGCUAGACCAGAUAUACACCGAAAAGGAACUACUUACUCCAGACAAAGCCUCUUUCAUCUUCAAUGCAGACGAAUCAGGAUUCAAGAGUGAUCCCUCUCGGUUUCGUGGAAUUGGCGAAAAAGGAAAAUCACUUUGUCGAGUUUCUGGAGGAUCUGGUAGAGAGUCGACUACUGUGCUGGCAUGUGCAUCUGCUGAUGGAUCUGUGAUGCCCCCCAUGGUCUUAUUCAAAGGUGCAACAACUGUACAACCGCGUUGGGUUUCAGAUAAAGCAUAUCCUGGAACAUCGUAUGCUGUAUCAGCUAGUGGUUGGAUGGAAGGACCAGUUUUCUUCAAUUGGUUCACAACUGCUUUCAUCCCAUAUGUCAACAAAAUUCGUAUCGAAAAAAAUCUACCAGAUCAAGAAGUUGUUUUGAUUUUUGACGGACAUAAUAGCCACAUCACUCUCAAUUUGGUCAAGGAAGCUGCAGCAAACAAAAUCACCCUUAUUAGAUUACCGAGCCAUCUAACUGACAAACUCCAACCAUUAGACAAGUGUGUUUUUGGGCCUGUGAAAUCUCAUUGGGAAAAGAUACUGGUUGAUAAUGGCAAAUCUAAAAUGGGACAGAGCCAUCAGAGACUUUUAAAGAAAGAGUUUGUGGAGCUACUAGACCCGAAAAUAACUGAAAAAGAUAGGAAGUUGAUGUUUGUUUUCCCAGGAUCCGUUGCUGUUUUUGAAAAAGCAUAG